GUAAGCCUAUAUAUAUAUAUACGAGGACGGGUAAGCCUAAGCACUAGUAACUCGAUAAACUCUGAAUCGUUCAGAAGAUAUAUAUUCUUCAAGUCAAAAUUUUCAAAAAAAUGACAUUAGGAAGCCAAGAAUCUCUCCAGGACGAGACUCCAGACACUGAGAAUCUCAUAAUACACGAAGAGAAUACUGGCAAUACGACAAACCAGAAGAAGAAAUCUAAAUGGAAUCGGCUGAAAGGCAUCCGAGUAAUCAUUGUAUCAUGUAUAGUGUUUGCCAUAGCAGUAACUGUAGCCCUUAUAGUGGACAUAUACAUUGGUGAUCAUCAUACAGGGCAUGCCGCAAUAGCGACAGAUGUCCAGAAAUGCUCUGAUAUUGGUUUAGAACUUAUGAAGAAGGGAGGUUCGGCAGUGGAUGCGGCUGUAGGGGCACUGAUAUGUGUUGGCGUUAUGAAUCCUGAGAGCUCUGGACUUGGAGGAGGUGGAUUUAUGUUGAUUGCUGCACCACACCAUUCAGGCGAGGUGAUAGACUUCCGUGAAGUUGCACCACAGUCGGCAACAGUGGAUAUGUUCAACAAGAGUGCUAACAUGGCUCAACAGGGAGGUCUUUCUGUAGCUGUACCAGGUGAACUUAGAGGAAUGGAGUUGGCACACAAAAAAUAUGGAAAGCUGAAAUGGUCAGAGUUGAUAGAACCUUCAAUCAAGCUUGCAAGAGAUGGCUAUACUCUCUCUAAUCACACAGCCAAAGUUCUUGGCAUACCUCAUGUACAGCGUAAAAUAAAGAAGAGUAAACAAAUGAUGGAUAUGUUGAUGCCAAAUGGAGAAUAUUUAAAGGAAGGAGAUAUAAUAAGAAACCCCAAGCUGGCAGACACUUUAGCCAUCAUUGCCAAAGAAGGAGCCAAAGCCUUGUAUGAAGGGAAAAUAGCAGAAAGCAUUGUCAAAGCGGUUAAAGAAAGAAAUGGAAUUCUUUCACUUGCCGAUCUGAAGAAAUACACAGCUAUACUUAAACCAGGAUUAAACUCAACAUAUCAAGGCUAUCAGAUUUUGACAGUACCUCUUCCAGCUAGUGGACCUGUGCUCAUCUCUGCACUAAACAUUUUAGAAAGGUUUAAUCUUACUAAGAAGGACCAAGGAAAGAACACUACUUAUCAGUAUUUGAUAGAGGCCUUUAAGUUUGCCUAUGCACAAAGAACCCAUCUUGGAGAUCCUUCAGAUCCUCAUAAUGCUGAUGUACUUAAAUUUGUUGAUAAAAUGACGAGCAAAAAGAAUGCAGAGACAAUCUACAGGAAGAUAUUUGCAAACAAGACAUUCCCUCCAUCUUAUUACUCACCUGCUUCUGAUGAGGUGAAGGACAACGGAACAGUGCACGUGUCUGUUGUGGGCCCUGAUGGAGAAAUAGUCUCUGUUACAAGUUCUGUGAAUGGGUACUUCGGUUCGUAUGUCAUGACUGAUACAGGAAUCAUCCUCAACAAUGAUAUGGAUGACUUUUCUUCUCCUGGCAUUGAUAAUCAGUUUGGAAUCCCCCCAUCAAAGGCAAAUUUCAUCAGGCCAGGCAAGAGGCCUCAGUCGUCAACUGUACCAGUCAUAGUCAGACACAAGCAAGACCCUUGUGCUUUUCGACUGGCUGUGGGUGGGUCUGGUGGCUCUCAUAUCCCAAGCGCUGUCAUACAAACGUUAAUUAAUAUAUUAUCAUUCGAUGACACACUCAAGGAUGCUGUGGAAAGACCACGAGUACAUCAUCAGCUUAUACCCAAUGAAGUUGAAGCAGAAGGAGAUAAAUUUAAGUCUUGGAAUCAAGAAGGUGUCCUUGAAUAUCUAAAACAAGUUGGUCAUGUGGUCAACACGUUAGACAAAUCUCGAAGUGAUGUAAAUGUAGCUCAAAAUUACCACAACAUACUACGAGCCCACAGUGACAGCCGAAGAGGAGGCAGCGGUAGUGCGAUGUACUAAUGAAUUGCUGACUACAAUUGGUAUUAUUGGGACCAUCAGGCCCAAAACCUACUGCUUUAGUUAUUAGCCAAUCACAUUCAGACUUGGAAAAGACCCCGCGAGUUUGUCAUCACACUAACCAAUCAGAUUUCGCUAUUCUCAUUGUUGCACCAGAAAAAUCAACUCGGAAUCUUGGGCCUGCGUAGCGGCUCUUUGUUUGGGGAUUUGGGGCGAACGAAGUAGGGAUUGGGUCCCUUGCCUUAAACCCCCAAACAGGGUCGCUACACAGGCUAUAGGAUAGAAUAUGUAGAUAUUGGUAUCAAUUUUGGAAUAGCUGAGAGUUUAAACAUUUUUAAGUUUUAAAAACUUUCAAAGAUAAUGUUUUUCUUAACUUAGGCACUCUUAAACAAGCAAGUCAUAAUUAAUCCUCUGCAAUUUUUAUAACCAUGAUAUCUAACUAAAUGUAAUAUAUAUUUAUCCUAAUUUAAAAGAAUAUUAUAACACCAAUGGUUAUCCUGUGGCGCCUGUUGACGGGGAGGGUCUGAGACGAUGUAAUUUAUCUUUGCCACAAGGAACCCGCCAUAAUAUUUCAAUGUUAUAUACCGAUCUUUAUUUAAAAAGCGUUACACUUACGUAAGUAAAUUCUAUAUUCAAAUAA